CCGCCGCUCUCUAUGGUGAGUGGGGAGGCGCGGCGGCUCCGGCGGCGACGCCGCGGUGGUGGCGGCGGCACCCGCCCUCUCCGGGCACGAUGUCGCCCCCGAAAGAAAAUGUCAGCUUGCCGUUCAAGUUGUACUGCCUCACAGUGAUGACCCUAGUUGCUGCAACAUACACAGUAGCAUUGCGCUACACACGGACAGUAGAAACAGAACUCUACUUUUCAACUACAGCUGUGUGCAUCACUGAAAUUAUCAAAUUAUUAUUAAGUGUGGGCAUCUUGGCGAAAGAAACUGGAAGUCUUGCAAGGUUAAUAACAUCUUUAAAAGAAAAUGUAUUAGGAAGUCCUAAGGAAUUACUAAAAUUAAGUGUUCCAUCCUUGGUGUAUGCACUCCAAAACAAUAUGGCUUUUGUGGCUCUUAGCAACUUGGAUGCAGCAGUCUACCAGGUGACAUAUCAGUUGAAGAUCCCUUGUACUGCUUUAUGUACAGUCUUAAUGCUAAGCCGCUCCCUUAGCAAAUUGCAGUGGUUCUCUGUCUUUAUGCUGUGUGGUGGUGUUACACUUGUGCAGUGGAAGCCUGCUCAGGCUACGAAAGUACAGGUGGAGCAGAAUCCAUGGCUAGGGUUUGGAGCAAUUGCAGUUGCUGUAUUAUGUUCAGGAUUUGCAGGAGUUUACUUUGAGAAGGUAUUAAAGAGUUCAGAUACUUCCUUAUGGGUGAGGAAUAUUCAGAUGUACUUAUCUGGAAUUGUGGUGACUUUAUUUGGUGUCUACAUGUCAGAGGGAGCCCAAGUUCUUGAGAAAGGAUUUUUUUAUGGCUAUACAUACUACGUCUGGUUUGUGAUAUUUCUUGCCAGUGUGGGUGGCCUCUACACUUCAGUUGUUGUUAAGUACACAGAUAACAUUAUGAAAGGCUUUUCUGCAGCAGCAGCCAUUGUUCUUUCUACGGUUGCAUCAGUCAUCCUCUUCGGUCUCCAGAUAACUAUUACCUUUUCCCUGGGUGCUCUCCUGGUGUGUAUUUCUAUUUACCUCUAUGGAUUACCUCGACAAGACACUACAAAAAUCCAGCCAUCAGAGACUAAGAGUUCCAAAGAGAGACUUGUUACUGUGUGACAUUGUCCACAAAAAAAUGGACACAGACAAGAGAAAAAACGGACUGGAAAAAAAACUUGCAUUUCUUUUUUUUUUUUUUAAUUAGCCUUAAGCUAGACAUGAUACAAUUUAAGUGGGACAGAAUAAAAGCAGAAGUCAGUUCUCUUUUACAUGUGAAGUUUUCAGUGGCUGAUGCUGAGGCUACAUUAUUGCCAAGGAUCUGGACGAGUGUUUUAUUAAAGGUAUUCUUCAUUUAUGUUGGACAAUGAAGAGUCCCAUUUACAAAGAAAGCACUAUGAAAGAACUGACCCUCAGUUGUAUAUAAUGUACAUAAUGGAGGUAAAUUUGGUUCUUACUGUGUAUUUGAUAAAAUGCUCUUGCUAUUUGAAGGCAUUAAAGCUCAAAAGCUUCAAAAAAUUCUAUUAAAAGAGUACUUACUGCCAGUGUUUUCUUUUAAACGAUUUGGCAAUUGUAGUUUGAUUUAUCACAGGAAAAAAUUGUCUUCUAGUAAUACAGAUCAGAUUAACAGAGUA